UGUGUGUGUGUGCGAGUGCGUACCCAGCGAGUGUGUAAAAUAAUGUAUAGUUUGUGCAUGGUGAAUCUAUAGGUAUAUGUGCAGUGUGCAGCAGCAGCAGUGCGCUGACUUGUUCUCGCGUUGUACUAUAUAUAGUGUCUGCGCUUUUCAUACAUACAUAUAUCUGCCAUAGCUCUUUUAGCCCAUAAAAAAAGAGCUACUGCACACAGCAGCAGAGACACACGGGGCAGCGCGCACGCGACAUAUCGCAACGUAUAAAUCGUCGCGAACGUCGUUGGCUGUCAUCGCUCUUAGCAACGACGACGGCGGCGGCGGCGGCGGCGGUCUUCCUCGAUAUAUACGUUGUAUAAUAAAAAAUGCACUGCUCGCGAUCGUUAUCGCACGUAACGCGCAGCAAGAUGAAAGCCAGCCAGCGCCUAUCUUACCGAUAACGCGCGCCCCUGCACCGCUUGGACUGCUGAUUCACGUAUAUAUAUUCAAUAUACGCAAGAUAAUUCGCGAAAUCGGCCGAGCUAUAUAACGCACCGAGUCGGAUCGUAAUAAGCUCGGGCGGCAAUAAUUCAUGUAUCGCAAAGCCUUUGCUGCUUCGCGCUCGUAUCGUAACGUAUACUAAUACUACUACUACUACUUAUACUAUUCGGUAGUACACACAGUGUCAGUUGCGUUACUACUCGGUUGUAGUACGCGCAGAGAGUGAGUCAGUGCGCGAGAGCCAGUGUAUGCUGGCUAUCCCACAGCUACUACUAGUCGGCAUCGCGACUUGCACGCGUGCGACAUUGCAUAUAUUUAAGUGUGUAUAAUACCGGUCUUACGCAUCGGGAAAAAGCCAGAAGAGCCGAGCCAGCAGUAGUGUAAUCGUAGACGUAGUAUAAGUCUCUGUGAACGCACUAGCAUCCUGCACACUAGCGACAGUAGUAGUAUCAGCAGCAGCAGCAUCAGCACACGUGUAUAUCGGUGUAGUGCCAAGUGCUAAAAGUGUCCCUCUGUGUAUAAGAUACACAAAUGUGUCUCUGUGUGUGUUUGCUGCCUGCAUAUACGUAACAAGUAUACAAUUGGUACAACACACACGCGUCACGUACAUGUGAGUGCAGUGUGCAGUCGUUGUUGGUGUGUGUCUGUGUUCUUCUGUGGUGAGCAUUUCAAGUGUCGCCGAGCAAGGCCCCAAAAGAGAGCGAGCGAGAUAGCGACACAAGAAGAAGAAGAAGAAGGCACUUUUUCUCUCUUUCUUUGCGCCGUGUAGAGAAAGAGAGAGAGAGAAACGGCGUUUUAACAUACACAAGACAGAGACCAGCGGACGCGCUGCUCCUCGAAGCAUCAAGGAUGGCUGCGGAGGCGGCGAGCAAAAAGGCCGAACGCGAGGCUCUGCGAGGUGUCAUACAGCAAUGGAACGCCAAUCGUCUCGAUCUCUUCGAGCUUUCGGAGCCGAACGAGGAUCUGGAGUUUCACGGGGUGAUGCGCUUCUACUUCCAAGACAGCGGCCAGAAGGUGGCGACGAAAUGCAUCAGGGUCGCGUCGGACGCGACGACUCAGGCCGUCAUCGAGACUCUCAUCGAGAAAUUCCGCCCGGACAUGCGUAUGCUCUCGGUGCCAGAAUACGCCCUCUACGAGAUACACGAAAACGGAGAGGAGCGGAAACUCGGCCUCGAGGAGAAGCCGCUGCUCGUCCAAUUGAACUGGCACAUCGACGAUCGCGAGGGCCGCUUCCUGCUGAGGCGAAUCGACGACAAGACCAACGCCCAGGGCGUCGGCUUCGCCGAGGGCGGCUCGAGCUUUCGACGUAAGCUCAGCAAACGCGAGAAGAAGCAGAUGAAGAAGCAGGAGAAGCUCAGCAGGCUCAAGAGCGCCGAGCAGCAGCAGCAGCAGGACGAGAACGUCGCGCCCGUCGAUCAGAACGGCGUGGCCGAAAAAUUGUACACCGAGCUUCCAGAGACGAGUUUCACGCGCAGCAUAUCGAAUCCCGAGGCGGUCAUGAGGCGCCGCAGACAGCAGAAACUCGAGCGCAAGCUGCAGCAGUUCCGCAGCAAGGACGGCGGCCCGGACACGGGCGGCACGCUCAAGAUUUACGGCGAGGCACUUUGCAAGGACGUGCCCUACAAGACGCUCCUAUUGAGCAUCCGUGACUCGGCCGCGCAGGUCGUCAGGGAGAUGCUGACCAAGUACGGAUUGGAAAAAGUCGAUCCGCAGCAGUACUGCUUGAUUCAGGUAAACGGAGAUGGCAACAGCAACGGCACGAGCGCCGGAAACAACAACACGGCCACGAAUCAGGAGUACAUUUUGGACGACGACGAGUGUCCUCUGGCCAUUCUCAUGAACAAUCCGUCCACCAGAGGAUCCAUAAUGUUUCACGUGCGCCGCCGACCGGCCGACUACGUGCCCCGCAAGCGCAAGAAAAAGCCCCAGGGCGGCAAGUGGGGCGACGGCGUGGACGGCGGCCACCAUCACGCGCACCACCAGCACGGCGGCCACCACCAGCACCCGGGCAUGGGUGGCCGAGGUGGCUACGAGGACGAGCGACUGCCCUUCCUGCAGGAGAUCAAUCCGGACGGCACGGACAUACCGAACGGGGCCGGCAUGCGCCACCGACUGCAGCCCAACGUGACGGAGGUCGGCAGCGAGCGGCCCAUAGGGCCCCAGGGCGUCACCGCGCAGUCCAUGACGCUGAGCGGGCCCACCGUGAUGCCGCGGCACUGCGUGAUCGCCUUCACCGAGAACAUCGUCACGCUCACGCCCUGCUCCAGGGACGCCCACACCUACGUCAACAAUCAGAGGAUACACCAGACGACGAUCCUUCAGAACGGAGCGAUCAUCAAGUUCGGUAGGAUGCACACCUUCCGUUUCAUCGAUCCAGCGCCGGAGGACCGCAUGAGGCAGCGUCACGAUUCAGCCAGACAAAUGGAUUACUCCUACGACGGAAGACGCUCGCCCACGGACAGCUCGAGCACCCAGCAAGACGCCCAGUCGGAGAAGUACAGGCCGAGCUCGGAGAUGGCCACGAUGCAGCAGCAGCAGCAGCAGAACAGCAACGGAUCAUCCCAGCCGUCGAGCCCGAGCAAGUCCUCGGCGAUGACCGGGCCCCGCAGCCCGACCAGGGCCAGUCAGCAGCAGGAGGUCGUCGCGCCCGGCGGCGGCGGGGGUGCGGCCGCUGCUGGUCCAGGACCGCACAAUUACGAGACGACCUUCGACCUCGACGGCAACGUCGAGACGGCGAGCUUGAGCAGCAGCCGCGACGGACAGAGACUGUCGCAGUACGACAUGCGCCAGCAGCAGCUGCACCAGCAGGCCCAGCAGCAGCCCCGCGGCACCGAUCCCAUACUGCCGGCGGUGCUGGAGUUCCUGGAGGAGACCGAGCAGACGUUCCUGCACGCGGUCAUCACCGACGUCGAGCCCUCGGCGCCGCAGUUCAAGCUGGCCCCGACUUACACGCUCUACUUGGCCGCCCGAUAUCGGGCCAGCACGCAUUACCGGCCGGAGCUGCAGCCGACCGAGCGAGCCCACAAGCUCACCAUCAUGCUGGCCAACGUGGCCACUAUGAUACAGCAAGUUAUACAGGAGCGCUACAUGGACGCGUCCUCGCUGGCGCUGUGGCUGGCCAACGGCUCCGAACUGCUGCACAUGCUCAAGAACGACCGGCACAUCGGGGCGUUCUCGACCCGCGCCCAGGACAUACUCGCCGACGCCGUGCACCAGGCCUUCGACUCGCUCGUGCGCUGCAUAUCGCUCGAGCUCGCCCCGGCCAUGUCGCAGUUCAUGGCCGACGCCGACGAGCCGGCCAAGGAGGCCGGCGUGCUGCAGAUCUUCUACAACAGCAUGUCGCUGCUGCGACGCUGCCGGGUCAACGCCGCACUCACCAUCCAGCUGUUCAGCCACUUGUUCCACGCCAUCAACGCCACGGCCUUCAACGCCCUCGUGUCCAACGGCAAUCUCUGCGUCAGGUGGUUCGGCAGACGGCUGAAAGCUCGGCUCAACGCCCUCGAGACCUGGGCCGAGAGGCAGGGCCUGGAAUUGGCCAGCCAGUGCCACCUGGCCACGAUAAUGCAGGCCACGCAUCUGCUGCAGGCGCCCAAGUACAACGCCGAGGAGCUGGCCACGCUCAGCUCGACCUGCUUCAAGCUCAACUCGCUGCAGGUGCGCGCUCUGCUGCAAAAGUAUCAACCAGCGGCCGACGAGCCGAGAUUGCCGGCCGAGCUCAUCGAGAACGUCGUUAGGGUGGCAGAAAGCGUGGCAGACACACUCGCGCGAGCCGACGGGCGUGAAAUCCGGCUCGAGGAGGAGCCCACGCUCAAUCUCGCGCUACUUCUGCCCGAGGACGGCUACAGCUGCGAAGUCAUACGAGGCGUGCCGCCGGGCCUGGCCGAGUUUUUGGCGCCGCUGCAGCGCGACGGCCUCUGCCGCAUGGCCGCCCAGCCCACCAGCAGCGGAUUCUGGACGAUUUACAUGAUCGAUCACAAUACCCUUAUGUUGAUGGUCGACCAGCUGAGGAGCCCGAGCGCGAUGAGCAACAGAUCGGCCGGCUACGCCGGUCACCAGCCUGGACAGCAGAGCCAUCCGGAAGUGCAAAUAAUCAAGCUUCACAAAUCGACCAAUGGUAUGGGUUUGAGCAUCGUUGCGGCCAAGGGUGCAGGCCAAGACAGACUCGGUAUUUACAUCAAAAGCGUCGUCGCCGGUGGUGCUGCCGAUGGCGAUGGUCGUUUGGCAGCUGGUGAUCAGCUACUCAAGGUUGACGGACAGAGUCUCGUCGGUAUAACACAAGAAAAAGCUGCCGAGUACCUAGUUCGCACGGGACCAGUUGUCACACUGGAAGUUGCUAAACAAGGCGCGAUUUAUCACGGAUUAGCGACUUUGCUCUCGCAACCGUCUCCAGUCAUGAGCAGAGCAGCCAAGGCACGACCGAAGAGCGAGCAUUUGGACACGGCUUCAGGUGGUGGUGCUUCCUCUGCAGCUGACGGUGCUACGGGCGCUUCUUCUUCGUCGUCGAUGGGCAACUUACUAAACGUACCCCGUCAUUCCGCCUCGUAUCAGGACCAAUUCGUUGACGCUAACAGCACAUGGGACGCUUCCUCGCAGUCGCAGCAUCACUUGGCUCAAUCAGGUGCGAGUAUAGCUCGAAUCAACGCCCUAAUGCAGCAUCGCGCGAUGUCCAAUUCUCAUCUAGCCUACCGCGACUACGUGCCCGCGUCCGCGUACAAUCCGUAUCAGCGCCUCGAUCGACUGUCGCGUCCCGCUAGUUUCAUGCCUAGAUUGAACGGUACCACGAUGGACUUGUAUUACGAUAACCGGGCAGGCGGCAGCUGGUCCGUAGCGCCAGACCUGCCGCCUCGGCAAGUCAUACCGGUGAUCAGAGAGCCCGGCGACGCUGCGACGUUCAUAAAGACUCCGAGCCAGUACACGGAAAAGUAUCCGCGCAGCCUCGGCCAAAUUGAGCUACAUCAGCAGCCGCGACUGCCACCGAGAUUAACGACAUCGCAGCCGGGAACGAGUAGUCAGUACGGUUACUACAGCGACGACAAGUCCGAAUUAGUCUUCCCAGCGGAUAUCGAAGCUAGCAAUCGUCGUGCCUCCAUGCAAGCCAAUUACUGCGCUUAUCAUCAGGCUAUGGGCGGCCACACGAGCAGCAGCGCCGAGGAGCAAACUCAAACGGGCGAGGAGGAUUCCUCCUCGUCGCCGGAGGACGACAAGUCUUACGACAAAACUUGCUGCUCUACCAGCGACGAUAGGCAAUCAUCCGGCACGAGAGACAAUUCCGAUAGCCCGUCGUUGGAGACCGAAACGACAGUUGUUCCCAGGAGAAUGGAGAAAAUAAACCAGCAGUCUCAGAGCAGCCGAACCGAGCUAAGUCUCGAUCUCAGCGGACUGAAUAACAACAACAGCAGCGACGUGUCUAGUUGUCCAGAGGACAACGACGAGGCCGAGGACGAGGAAAAGUGCUGGAAAUCACCGGAAAAGGUGAGACUGGGCUGCGGUCGUGUAGCGGCACUCGCCAAGCACUUUUCCAAGCUCGGUGACGCUGGCCUGAUCAAAUUCAAAUCCAAGCGCCUCUGCAGCAGUCGACAGUUCAUGUCCGAGCCGGACAUAGCGUCGCCGUCGAGCGUAGCGAGCAAGCGGCGCACGCGCGACAGCAUCGAGAAGUACAAAUCCGAGACAGAGCUUUUAACAGCUGACAAGAGCGUGGCUACGACACCGGAACGCGAAUGGAGCAUGAUUCUGCUUGACAUUCAAGCUCAAGGUUCCAUGAAACUCGAGGACGAGGCUGACAACGACGACGACGACGACGAUGACGAUGAAGAGGACGACGAAGACGACGACGACGAUGGGGUCAACCGCAACGCUGACAGUAAUUCUAAGCUUUCUCGAGCGGAACGAGAGCAAAUCAUAGCUCAGCUUGAGGAUUUCGCUAAUCUCGACAAAAUCGAUGCGCCUCUCUUUAUACCAAAUAAAUCAGCGACGACGCAGCGUAAGACUACAAUAGCUGGCCAUGUGCGUCUGGAGCAUUUUCGAAAACAUUCUUUGCCCACUAUAUAUAGCUCAUUAAAUGUUCAUAAAUGUCCAAAUAUCAAUAACAACAACAACAACAAGCCAAUGGUGAUUUGUACUACAAAUGCUGCUACUAGUAUUACUACUACUUGCACUACCACGGUGACGAGCGAUUCUUCGGCCAAAGUCAACAGCUUGUCAAAGUACUGGUCUCUGAAAGAUCUUGCCUCGAACGAGAAUCUCGAAUCGAACUACGCGUCGAAGGACGUCAUCGUACUCGACGAUACGGCUGAGAGUCCGGGCAGCGCGAAGUACACGGUAUUUCCUACCUGCUCGAGAGUCGUCUCAGCGCCAGAAAUCAGCAGCGACGAUCUUCUCAAUUGUCCCGUACUGGCCGGCAUAACCAUCGAAAGCAAAAUAUCGAUAUCGGGCAGACGUGCAAGUGGAACCUCGGUAGAGUCCAACAGUACGACGGGUAGCUUGCAGUCGACUCUGAGACUGUCCAAAAGCACCAACGAUAUACUCGAGAACGGCGCGCUCGACGACGACAAUCGCAGCGAGUCGUGGGAAAAGCUGAAGCCGACCUCGUGCGCGAGUACGAAGAAACGCACGAGGUGCUCGAAGAAAGGCAGACACGGUGGCGACGAUCGAUCGUCCGAUCGAAGAAAAGCUAAAAGCGAUUUGGACGUCUCGGAGCGCAGACCUACGCCUCGAUACGAGGAGAGCAGCCAGAGUAACGGCCACGACGAGACGCCAAAGAGCAGCGAGACCACGUUCCGAGUGCAUCACAGGCAUCAUCAUUGCAGUCGCAAGGAAGCCCCAGGUCCAAGGCGCAUGAGUGAGCGCGACUUGCCGUCGCGUUUGGGACGCGAGGCAAGUGCUAACGGGGCCCCGGCUACCACUCAUCAACAAAUACACAGCAGCAAAUCCGUACCUGCUCUACACAAUGUAGGUACGGAAGGAAACGGUAAGCUGCAGCACGAGGUCUUCAAUCCUGGCUACAGCCGAGCUUCGUCGAGUAAUAGCGUCACUCCGCCGGUGCAGCCACCGCCGAUGCCAGCCAUGAACGGCGCUACUUCGCUGCGCUCGAGAUCGAGCCACAACUUGCACGAUCCGACUAGAGCCACCGGUACACUGCCACCGAGUGGAUUGUCGAGUAGACAGCAGUCGUCGCCGAAUCUUAAUCCGAAUCAGCAUCAUUCGCAAGUUGGACACGCUAAUAGCAUACAGCAACAGGCCAACGAAGCCGAAAGAUUUUACCAAAAUUUGAGCGUCUACAGGAAUCAAGAGCAGCAGCCCGGUGCUGGUAACUUGAAGCAAAACAGCCCGCCGCAGCAGCCUGACGACAGAAAUGUAUUGCACAAAAACAUGAUUCGUGGCUCUCAAAACUCGCUCAAUCGAACGAUGCCCGAUCCCAAUCAGAGCAACGAUCGUCCCAUGUCGUACAUCUCGCCUGCUCAACAGCAGCAACAACAGCCACCCCAAGGAUAUCUGAAUCAAGGUAUGCCGCCGCAACAGCAUCCGAUGCAGCCUGGCCUUCAAGCGAGAUCUCAGUCGACGCGCGAUAUUCUACGCCAGGAAGCCAAGCUUCAAGAAAUGCAGGAAGAAGUGCGUCGCAGAGAAUUGCGCGCUGGUCCAAAUCCGCCGCCACCAGGCGCGUAUCGCGCAAAUACUUACAAUCCGCGUGUGCCUAUGCAACCGCAGCAGCAGCCACAGUUGCAGCAGAUGAGACCACCAGCCAGACCUCUCGGCUCGACGCCCAAUCUUGGCCCAUCUUCUCCGAGUUAUAAUCAACACAGAUCCAACUAUGGAUAUUUAACUUCAGACCAGGUACAACAACAGAUAAUGCAAUCAGGGCAACAGCAGCCGAUAAAUUUCCAAAAACCGAUGAAACCAUCGCAAUCGUAUUCACAGCAAUAUCCCAAACCCCAUCAGUAUGGCGUGGGAGCGAAUCAGAACGGGCCUUACACCAACGGACCAGAAACCGACCAGUAUGGCAAUGUUCUGAUGGGCAGAUCGCAGCUCGAUGGAGAUGUAAUGAACGACAACCCACCUGCGAGGCCAGCUCUACCCAUUGCAAGCAACAGUCCACCGCCACCGUUGCCCAACACCAUGACGCAUCCUCUCUAUCAAAAACAAAUGGAUCCGAACUCGAGAUACACGGCAAGCAUGCAAGAUCCACCGAGGGGUGGCUACUAUCCACCAAACACCGGACAACAGCACCCGCGUCCACCGUACCAAUUCAGUGCCACCAAUCCUUGGCAACGCGAGGAACGAGAAAAAGAACAGGCCAGACGGCGAGAGGCUGCCAGACAGUGGCGUGACCAGCAAAUAGCUGAGCUCAGUGCGUUACAGCGCCGCACUUCUCAACAAGAAGAACAGCUUCGAGCUCUUCAAUUGGAACGCGAUUUCCAGAAACGCGCCGAAGAGGUCGCGAGUCAGCAAGACGAAGACGAAGAGAGUAACGAUCUCGAAAAUGAAAGCACGUCGCAGAGAGUUCAAGGUUUGAUUCGCAGUGCUGCAGCUCAGGAUCAGCAACGGGUCAAUCAAACGCCACCCGGACGGCCAAUGAUUAACAAUCAAUCUUCUGGUCCUCGUGGAGCUCUUACGCCUCAACCGGUCGGUAGUCAAAUACAGAUGUCCAACGUACCUGUGCACACGGUAUCGAGCCAACAAAAUGCUUAUGAAUCAAGCAGUACCAAUGGUCUGGCAAAUCUCAAUCAAACCGUAAGCCAACAAGCUGCUGAGCUUAAACGUAGACAAGCCGAGUACGAGGAAAGUCAACGCCGGAGGCACGAAGAAGAACUUCGUCAACAACAACUGCAUCAACAACAGCAGCAGCAGCAGGAACGGCAACAACAGCAACAACAACAGCAACAGUUGCAGCAACAACAACAGCAGCAACAGCAGCAGAUGCAAUAUCAAGCCAAUUUACGAAAUCAGCAGAUGAUGCAGCAUCAGCAACAACAACAGCAACAAUUGCAGCAGCAACAACAGCAGCAGCAGCAACAACAAUACAAUCCCAAUAAUUUGAGACUCGACAAUCUCGUCAUUGAAGACUACAAUACAACGAAUUCGAUCACUCAUGAAGCUCCGCCACCACCUGAGCGAGGAUCGAGUUACGCUGUGAUGUCUCAGCAAAGUGCCUUACGUACGUCGAACAACUCCUCCACGACGAAUUCAUUACAUGGCGGAUCUCAGCCGACAAAGAGAGUUUCCUUCCACGAUCCCAAUGCUAACACAGAAUCGCCGACGCGCAACAAUAUAACUAAUACGUCUACGUCUAACGUUGUCUCGCCGCCGUCUAUUACAAUGGAUACCAUAAGAGAAGACCCCAAUAAUUUCAUAAACGAUGCCGAGAUGCUACUAGCUUCACCGAAAACACCCGACGGUCCCGGAGGAUUAUUUCAAGGAGCAACACCUGGCGUGAUAGGCGCUCAGGAAGUUUAUAAGGAUCCUAGGCAGCGAAGAUUAGCUGAAAAACAAAGGCAACAGCAAAACUCGCAAAUGGGUGCCGUACCGGAAAAGUUGAGCUUUAAAGAGAAAAUGAAGAUGUUUGCGAUGGAAACCGGUGAAGAUGGAACUCCUCGAGACAAAGUUAAAAUCUCUCGAGCUCAGCGUGAAAUCGAUAACAUCGGCAGUCCUUUGAACGCCAAUAACAACAAUUGAAGUUUGUACGCAAUGUACAGAGUGCGUAGUUACAACUAAAUCUAGUUGAUUGUGUAAAUAAAAAGAAUUAUUGUUUUGAUGGAUAGAAAACUGAUGUGCUUCAAUGCACGACAAUCAUGGUUACAGAAUUUGACAAAGCCAAGUCUACGUUAUUAUUUAGUAAAGUUCUCAAGAGUAAUGUCUUUUGUUUAUUGUUGACAUAAAAGUAUUGAAGGUUUUUAAUUUGUCUUUGAGUACAAUGAUAAAAUUGUACAGUUAAAUGAAAUGUAGCAUAUGAACAAUGAAAAAUCUAUGACUAUAGAAUGUACAAAGGAUAUUCUAUUUUGGUUUAAUGAAUGCGACAAUUCGUGGCGAAAUAUAUUCUUGUACCUCUUCUUUUUUUUUACAAGUAUUAGAUUAGUUCAUUACAUUUUAAUUGUUCAUUAAAGUAUUGAAUUAUUUUUAU